GGAUUGUUUGAUGAAAUUCGCUCACACAUCGACGUGUGUCACAAGUCUUCAUCAUAGAAGCUUGAAAAGAAACCAUCAUAACUCUUUAUUUCAUCGCUAUACUAAACAUCAACUUUCACUUCAACUCUUACCAAUUGAAAUUUCUUUAAAUAAAAGCAAAUCUUUAUCGUACAUUUUAAGAAAUCAUACUUCCUACUGACAAGAGUAUAGUGUGAAUUUCGUCUAUUUGGAAUGAUUUGGAAAAGAUUACCUAGAACACUUCCGUUUUUCAAGGCAAGGUUUCAAUCGCCAAUCUUCCGAUCGGUAGGGACGAUCGAGGCUACCUCUGUCGCUCCCAAGAAAAACCGAUUUAUCGUCGGUCUUUUGACUGCUGUUCCUAUUAUUUGUUUUGGAUUGGGUACUUGGCAGGUAAAACGACGUGAAUGGAAGGUUGGCAUCAUUGAUACAUUGACAGAAAAACUGAAACAAAAACCAGUACCCCUUCCCACAAACCUACAAGAAAGCGAAAUUCAAGACAAGGAGUGGACCAAACUUGCUCUCAAAGGUACAUUCUGUAAUGAUCAAGAAAUGCUUGUUGGUCCAAGAACUAAGGAUGGAAACACCGGAUAUCAUGUUGUGACCCCUUUCGUUCUCGAAGAUGGUCGUCGAAUUUUGGUGAACCGGGGUUGGAUUUCCAAGUCUUUAAGUGAUCCUUCUCUUCGUGAUAGCGCUGCUAUACCCACUAAUACCGUACAAAUUGAAGGACUAUUAAGAAAGCAUACAGAAAAACCAAAACUCAUGAUAAACAAUGACCCAUCGACAGGUUCCUUUUUCUUUUUGGAUGUUCACGAAUUCGCAGGUCUUAAAAAUACCCUUCCCAUCUUAGUUACUCAGCUCGGUCCCGAACUUACCCAAUCUGAUGAAGCUUCUUUGAUACAGAAAGGCAUUCCUUUGGGUCAUCCUCCUCGGGUCGAAAUUUUUAAUCGACAUACAGAAUAUAUUAUUACUUGGUACUCUUUGAGUUUACUGUCUGCUAUUAUGCUUUACGUUUAUUUCCGUAGAGGUUCGGGAACCGUUUCUUUAACAUCUGCUUAUGAAAGGAGUCGGGUUCGACUUUAAGUGCAAUUUAUUCUUCCAUUUAUAAUGAAUAUCUUUAAAAUUUCACAUACUUCGAAAGCUUUCCAACAGCAUCUCCUGUCUGAGUAAAUGAAUCUAUCAUACUCUCCAUAAUUUGUUUGGCAAACUUUUGGUCAAAAGGUACCUAUAUAAAAUGAUUAGUUUCUAAUAGUUUAAUAAAUAUUAUAUAAACAUACCUGU